AUGACAACGACAUCCGCAACCGGAGGAAUGGUGAUUCGUGAGCAGAGUCCACAGGAGGUCGAUGGACACGAGGAGGCUCGUUUGAAUGCGGAUUCUGAUGACGGGUCACACGGAUCUCAGGAUCCGGGCAAGAUGUUCAUUGGAGGUCUCAGUUGGCAGACCACAGCAGAAAACCUUCGCGACUACUUUGGACGCUUCGGCGAAGUCAACGAGUGCAUGGUGAUGCGGGAUCCGGCGACAAAACGUGCUCGCGGCUUCGGAUUCAUCACCUUUGUCGAACCAUCCAGUGUUGAUAAGGUGCUGAACGCGCGGGACCACGAGUUGGACGGCAAGAAAAUCGACCCAAAAGUUGCGUUCCCAAAGCGAACCCAAGCGAAGGUUGGUAACGAGUGUGGUGGUGUUAGCGGUAUGGGCCCCAUGGUACCACCCAUGCCCAUGGCCCCAUAUGAGCGACUCUUUGAGCAGGACAUGAAUCAGCAUCAUGAGUUCAUGAUGUUGAUGCAAGCGAUGAGCAAUUUGAGCACUACCAAUACCGAGUCCCAAGAUGAAAUGUCUCAGCAACAGAUCCAAUACCAAGAAAAACCGAGAAACCAACGAAACGAGCAUAGAGCAAAGCUCGUCACCAAAACCAAGAAGGUGUUCAUCGGAGGAUUGUCAGCCACGUCGACUCUGGAAGACAUGAAGCAGUAUUUUGAGAGCUACGGAAAGGUCGAGGACGCGAUGCUCAUGUAUGAUAAGGCUACGCAGAGGCAUCGAGGAUUCGGCUUUGUGACAUUCGACAGUGACGAGGUUGCCGACAAGGUGUGCGAGAUCCAUUUCCACGAGAUUAACGGAAAAAUGGUCGAGUGCAAGAAGGCUCAACCAAAGGAGGUCAUGCUUCCGGUGCAGUUGAACAAAUCGCGUGCCGCGGCGGCCCGGAAUUUGUAUGGAAUGCCGCCAGAGACGCUGCUCGCCUACGCUCAAUACUUGCCACGAUUCGGCGGAAAUCUCAUGUAUCCCGGAUUUGGAAAUGUUUUCAACAACAUGCCAGGCGCCUACUCUGGCCUCUCCACCCCCGGCGGCUCCUCAAACCGUGGACCCCAUCAAUUCGACUCGUCCAGCCUGUACAGCCUAAACAGUGGCGGACAGCACUUGGCCCUGGAGGCUCAAUCGCCAAUGUUCCCAAUGGCACCGUACCAUGGACACAACAAAUAUUAA